AACACGACAGGCUACUUAUAAGCUACCAAACCAAAACCAAAACUAAACCUGUAUACGUGUAACACUGGUUCCGCGAAAAAGUUCACUCGGAACUCUCCAGAUUUUACGUUUGAAUGGUGAGACUGUCAGACCUGAUAUCGUGUCACCCAGACUAAACUGACUAGUUCGCUGCCACUACUAUUGUUUUCCUCAGACGAGAUGAACUGACUGGAAGUUCCAUAAGGAUAUCAUGACUGAUCUCUCUAAAAAGAAAUCGCUUAAACACGAUUUGGACAACUUUCGGUCAACUUUCGAAUUUAAUACUACUAAUCUGGCUAAGGACCGAGUUGAAAUCAUCAUCAAGAAGCUAGAUGAUGACCGGGAAAACACAACAAAGACUAAAGACGAAGAUAUACAGAUAACUAACUUUCUGUCAUAUUUGUAUUUUCUUCUUCAUGACCAAGAACAUGCCCUACAGCUUGUUGAUGACUCUCUUCAGAAAGAUCCUGAUAACAUCAUAGCCAACGCAAACAAAGCCAGAAUUCUACUGGAGAAUGGAGAAGUUUCUGAAGUGGAUGAAAUCAUAUCAAAACUCCAAGAAUUAGAAAAACGAAACGAUUAUGAAAAGCGGAAAUGCUAUGCGGAAGCAGACUUGGCAUACGCGUAUUCAAGGUCGGGUCCUUGGUACCAUCAAAGGGCGGUAGAACUGUACAGCAGAAUUGUGGAGGCAUAUCCAACAGAAUACUCGUGGCAGUUCCGACUUGGUUUGACUUUACGCAGGCAGACUCACCACUUUCAUUCACAGGCAGAUGUCGAAAAAAAGAAGAUAACGUUAGAUGCCGCUAAGAUGUUGCUAGCUGCCACGAAAUCAGACGAUCCCAUUUUACGUGCGAAAGCAUAUGCUGAACUUGGCAUAGCACUGUACAAUAUUUGGAAGGGAAAGUAUAGCGAUCUACCACAAGAAAUAGAAAAGUUAAAGGAUAAGGAAUGUUUUGUAAAGGCAUUAAAAUAUGUCCAGAAGAACCAUCUGUGCUGCAGAUUUGUGGUCAAUAUGCGCGAUACAGAAAAGAAGUAGAUCUAUCCGAGAGACUCCUCCGGGAAUCACUUCGAAUCAAACCAACGCCUCAUGGAUACCAUCAUCUUGCUCUUACAUUAAAAAGAAGGGUAGAAUUGAGCGGAGAGACGAGGUCGUCACAUUCCUCUGACUUACAGAAACGUGAUCUCCGUCAAUUGAUGAAAUCGCCAUUGAAGGUUCCAGUUCACCAAAGAAACACAUUGCUUGUCGAGGCUAUAGGAUUGCUCGACGAAGCAGAAAAACUAGACUCCUAUACUUUGAUUAUGCAAUAUGAUAAAGCCAUUUUAUAUCGGAUGUUAGGCGAAACCGCAAAUGCUGUGGCGGUUCUCAAACGAAUAGUGUCUAAAAGAAAAUGUCUUCCCACCGAAACUCUGAUGACCAAUGUCUAUGAACAACUUGGACUUUGUCUUCUAGAAAUUAGUGAUUCAAAAGAAAUACCGCCUGAUAAAAAGAAGAAAUACAAGAAAGAUGGCCAAUCUCAUCUUUCACACGCCCUUCAAAUCCAAUCGGAGAUAGUAGCAAUAGAUCCGCAGUUCAAAGAGGCGUGGAACUCCUAUUCGACACUCAAGGAACUGUUGAGUGAUGAAAGAGAUGGGAAGCCAAAACAACUGGCCGUUCUACACAUGCUCAUGGCGGAUCACAGAGAUUCAAUCGCCAUUUAUAAGGAGCUAAAUAAGAAAGACAACAUGGAGCCAGACGACUGCAAAAACAUGCUGGAAUGCUACAUGCAUGAUCGCCAGUUUGAUGAAUGUGUUACUCUUUUAAGUUCAUGGGAGUGUACCACAAUUUUUGCGAGACUUCCUGAGUCUUUGAUCUUUGAUGUGUACAUCAGUGGCGCAUUUCACGCCUACUCCACGGAUAACGCACAGCUUGCGUACAAACACUUCAGACGAGCAUUCAAAAUGUACGACAUGUUCAACAAGGGCACUCACAGGCCAGAGGCCGACGAAGAGGAUGAAACUAAAGACAUACUAAUAUUACACUCUUGUUCACAAGACUGGAGAUGCAGAUCUCCAGGACGCCUAGGAACGAUUCUAGGAGACUGUACGGGAUUACGGUAUACCAUCAAUACUGACGACGUGCUCGGGAAUGCGAUCACUACGGAAUACAUGGUUUCCAUGAUGCAGAAGAUACCUUGUAUCAUUAUCAUGACCCACGACAGUGCAGACAAAUAUGACCAACUCUAUGUCAACCACGCUGUCCAGAAGAGCUCAGAGAAAGGGGGACCUAGAGUUUUGGUAGUGUCAGACGACGACUGCAAUGUACCUGAUAUUGCCAGAACAAUGCCUUUUAUCCGGGCGCCUCCACCGUUAGAGGGCGCUAUCCAACCGCCCGAUCAAACACCAGAUCAGUUACCAGAGAAACAGAUAGAAUGGGUUAGAGAGUUCAUCUAUCUACUGAAAGAUCAACACCGUAAGUAACGGUUUACGUGAUCGAAGGCGUCAUCAAAUGUUUCUUCUCUUAAAAGUUUCGUAACAUCUCUUGUUUCAUCAAUGAACAGUAAAUUGUCAUCACUUGUUCAUUAAUGACCAGUUUCGUGUCAUCACUAGUUUAAUGAAUGAAAAUCUCCGCUUCAUCACUUGUUAAAUCAAUGAACAGUUUCGCAUCGUCACUUGUUUCAUCAAUGAACAGUUUCGCGUCAUCAUCUGUGUCAUCAAUGAAUAGUUCCACGUAAUCGCUUAUUCAAAGAAUAUCUAAUCGUCAUCAAUUGUAACACCAAUGAACAUUUUUGCGUCAUCGCUUGUGUCAACAAAGAACAUUUUCCUGCCAUCACUUGUUAAAGUGCUUAAUGAUUUCAUCACUUGUUACACCAAAGAACACUUUCGUGUAAGGUUGGCAAGUGCUUAAUCUCUGAACUAAACUUGAUCAGUAUGUGAUUACAAUUUUAUAUACGUAAUAAUUAAUUAUUCUACAUAUCCGGCAAAGAUCAAUUUUGAAAAAUUGAGAAAAAAUAUCUUGAAUUCUUUUUUAUCUUCAAUUUUACUUUCAAUCUUAUACCCGAUCACCAUUAGGUAGCUGCUUUCAUUUUCUUUCUUGUUGAUGUAAACUAGAUAUACAUGUAUUUCUAUAUCACAGUUGCCAGCCUUUUAUUAGUUUUUGUGACAAGCAGUGAACGUUGUAGGAGAUGUGGAACGAUCCCUCAUUUUAUACCCUAUAUGAGGACAGAAUAAUAAAUCAAAAUAAUGAUAUAUAUUCAGGGUUUCCAUAAAAAUGUUGCUUAUUUUCUUAUCAAAUACUACCUAUGUAACUUUAUCGAUGAUUUCGACCUUAAUUAAAGAUGCUUUAUCUCCGGGAAAAGUAAUAUUAUCGACUAUAAACAGGAAUAAAUGUUGUACUUUAUAGAGAGGAGUAAAAUUACCUAUUAUUGGCUAUUGUCCCUCAAAACUGGAUAAAUCAAUACUUAAAAACGAAGAAAUUCUCCCUUUAACGCGGCCAUUUAAUGAGCUAUCAUAUACUCGUUGGUGAUCACCGCAUUUUAACCAGUUUUUAUAAUGUUGAGGAUGCAGCAUCUGAGAAAGAUUGUUUUAACGGGACAACUCUUACAUCUUAUCCUGUGAAAUAAUUUUAUAUUCAUUUAUAAGAGACAAACCAAUCAAUUGUUUUCCAAUAGACUUUAGUGUUAACGUUUUGGAUUAUUUCAUUCAAAUUCUUGAAUUGAAUAUGACGAUUAUGGUUUAUAACAAAAGUUUAGGGUCUGA